CAAUUCCUGCAAGAGUUUUCGCAGCAAACCAUUUCCAGGACUCAUGAAAUCAAAAAGCAGGUGGAUGGGCUGAUCAAUGAAGCAAAAGCCACCGACUGCCGCCUGCACAAUGUCUUCAACGACUUUCUCAUGCUGUCCAACACGCAGUUCAUAGAGAACAGAGUAUAUGAUGAAGAAGUGGAAGAGCCUAUUCCCAAAGCUGACGCUGGAGACAAAACAGAGCAGGAAAAGACACGGGAACAGAAAGAAGCUGAUCUGAUCCCCAAAAUUCAGGAAGCAGUGAACUAUGGAUUGCAAGUUUUGGACAGUGCAUUUGAGCAGCUAGACAUCAAAGCAGGCAACUCUGACUCUGAAGAGGAAGAAAGUAAUGAAAGGAUGGAACUUAUACUUGAGCCAAAGGAUCUCUAUAUUGACAGGCCUUUACCAUACUUGAUUGGCUCUCAGCAGUUUAUGGAACAAGAUGAUGUUGGCCUUGGAGAUCUCUCUAGUGAAGAAGGAUCAGUGGGUAGUGAUCGUGAAAGUGUAAUUGACAGUGAAGAGAAGGAGGAGGAGGAGUCAGAUGAUGAAUAUGGAAACCCUAGUGAGGAUGACCAAAAGACGAGAACAGCACAGAUGAGUGAUGAAGAUGAUUAUGGUGACCUCUUUGACUCUGAAAAAGAGGAAGAUGAGGAUGGAGACUUAGAUGAAAGCACAAGACGUAAAAUGAAGAGACCAACAUCCUUUGCAGAUGAGCUGGCAGCGCGAAUCAAAAGAGAAGUACUGGUCAAACAGGACAAAGAUUGUUCAUCUGUGUCACCAGAGACUGAAACAAGGAAAAUCCCAAAAGACAAGAAAGAAGUGAAAGUUCCAUCAGAUGAUGAAGAUGAUGACAUCUUCAAACCUCCUAAGUUGACUGAUGAAGACUUCACACCUUUUGGGUCUAGGGGUGGCCUCUUCAGUGGUGGAACAGGUCUUUUUAAUGAUGAAGAGAGUGAUCUUUUUGCUGAAGCCCCAAAAGUAGAAGAAUCCAAAAGAAAGGAGGGAGUUCCAGUAAGUGAAGCAUCCUCUACAAAGUCCUUAAAGAAAGUUCCUGCAGGUGCAGUAUCUCUGUUCCCAGGAGGAAGCGAUGUAUUUAGUUCUACUGUAAUUGUGGAAAAAAAUAAGAAAUCUGCAACAGAAAGCACAGAGAAAACUAAACAGCCUGGGAAAGUUGUUCUGUUUGAUGAUGAUGAUGAUGAUGAGUUCUUUGUGAGAGCAACUAAAAACCCUCCAGAUUCAGUCAAGUCCCCAAUUGACCUAUUUGAUGAUGAUGAUGAUGAAGGUGAUUUGUUCAAGGAAAAAUUGUCCAUUCCUCCUGUGGUUGCUGGCACAACUAAAGACAUGGAAAGCUGGAGGGAGCCAGUAGUGGGAAAAAAGAGUCAACCAUCUUCAGGUGAGGACUUCAAGCCUUUACCUGAAAUGCCUCCGAGAAAAGAGAGGGGCCUCUUCUCUGAUGAAGAGGAUUCUGAAGACUUGUUUCCAUCAAGUAAAACUGUAGAGUCCAAAGCUACGUGUCUUCCCACCAGCAAGUCCAUGGUGAAAGCUCCAUUCUCUUUGUUUGAUGAUGAUGAAGAGGACCUCUUUGGUGUGAUACCUGCAAAGAAGCAACAGGAAAAACCCCUGGAAGAGAAAGCAAAACAGUCAGAGCCAAUCAAGAAUACCUCCAGCUUAUUGUUCAGCAGUGAUGAGGAGGAACACUGGAAUGUCUCCAAGACAGCUAAACACCCUUCUGAAGAUGACCAAAAAGAGGACCCUGCAAAAUCAGCUGGCACUGUUGGUCAGGCUAAAGCUCUGAAGAAGACAAGCCUCUUUGAGGACGAGGAUGAGGAAGAUUUAUUUAAAAUCACGAAAGAGAGCCAAAGAAAGCCACAGAAGGUAUCAUUGUUGUUUGAAGAUGAUGCUAUUAAUGAAGAAUCUCUCUUCAGCUCCCAAUCAACACCACUUCCUUCUGCUGCUAAGGCUGCAGUGGAGAAAGUAGAACCAGCACAAGCACCACCUUUCUUUAAUAAAGAAGAACAGGUGGAAAAGGAAGGUAUGCCUGAUAAAGCAGCGAAGUCUAACCAGGUUGAAGAUACACUGUGGUGUUCAGAAGAGCCUGAAGCAGUUCCUGUGUCUAGAGGAACAGAUCUUGCUGGACAGCACAUGAAGGAGAAAGUGGAGCCUUUUGCAGCAAAAUCCUCAGAGCCAGCCAGCAGUUCAGAUCUGUUUGCAACAUCACCACCAGCUCUGCAGAAGGAUGUCAAGACCCAAGCUAAGAAAGUGUUAAGCUUGUUUGAGGAGGAGGAAGAGGAUAGACUGGAAGAUGAUGAUGACAUAAAAAAUGCACAGAAAGAAAUUGUUGUGGCUUCUGAGAAGAGUACUCGGCCCAAAAGCACUGGAGUCUUUCAAGAUGAAGAGCUCCUUUUCAGUCACAAACUUCAGAAAGACAAUGAUCCAGAUGUCGACCUCUUUGCCAGCCCGAAGAAGUCGAUUUCUGCAAACCGUAUCCUGAAGCCAUCAUCUGGAGGAGGACUUUUUGGGGAUGAUGAUGAGGAUGAUCUCUUCAGUACCGCUAAAACGAACCUUUCGAAAAUAGCUGUGAAGAAAACACUUGAGGCCAGUACUGGCCCUUCCUUGGAGAGCAGAAACCUUUCAGAAAAUGCUGUAAGUGCCAAACAAGAUGAAGCUCCGAAGGCAGUAACUACAGAGAAAUCUACAGGUCCUGUUCCCAUUAAAACCAAAGAGCCCUCAUCCCGGAUUGGAAAGCUACAAGCUAACUUAGUUAUUAACCCUGCAGCCUUACUACCUGGUGCAAUGCCUAAGGUCUCCAAUGUAAAGUCAUCCUCACCAGUUCUGGACGCUCCAUUGUAUGAGCCCAAGGAUGUACAGAACAGUGAAGCCUUCUCUGCUGCAAGAAACAAUGAAGAAUUAGGUGUUAGCUUUGAUCAGCCUAUGCAAGCGGAUACCUUGCACAGUGCCAAUAAGACCAGGAUCAAGGUUACAGGAAAACGAAGGCCUCCUAGCAGAAUGGCCCGCCGUCUAGCUGUGCAAGAGUCUGAAGGGAGUGAGGAGGUGGACAGUGCUAGAGAAUCACAAAUCUCUCUACCAAAACAGACAUCCACAGUAGUGAACAUAAAGGAGCCUCUUGCUGCUGAAGCAGAGUCCAAGGAAAAUGGCUUUUUCUCUGGCUUAUCGCUACCAGCUCGUGGCAAUGUUUUGCCUGUUGGAACAAACUCACUUCUUCCUCCAGAACCCAAAGAUCAAGGCGAUGAUCUGUUUGAAUCAGAAGACCUUUUUGCAAGCAAUUCAACUUCCAGACCAGCCACACAAUUGAAGUUAAAGGAGGGAAUGCCAGACAGUGUGGCUAACAAACCCAUCAAGGGCGGGGAGAAAAAGCCUGAUCUAUCUGCUCUGGCUGAUCAGGACAGCAACAAUCUUUUCCAGGCUGUACAGCAAAAAUCUUCAACAAAAAGUAGCCCUAUACCUUUUUUGGAGGAAGAGGAAGACUCUCUCUUCACUGGCCAGAAAACUGGAAAAAAGGAGUUGAAAUCUGCUAGCCGACAAGCUGUUGACCCUACUGCCCAGGAUAUCUUUGAGGACGAUAUAUUUGCUACUGAGGCAAUUAAACCAAUGAACAAAGCAAAAGAGAAAAUGCCAGAGACUAACCUGUUUGACGAUAAUAUUGAUAUUUUUGCGGAUCUCACCAUAAAACCAAAAGACAAGAAGACCAAGAAAAAAGUGGAACAAAAAUCCAUAUUUGAUGAUGAUAUGGAUUAUAUCUUCUCUAGCAGCCAAGCCAAGAUACCCACUCCCAAAAGCAGAUCUUCUCAAGCAGCCUCGGAAGCAAAAUCUGAAAGCAAGCCACUAAGCACAUUUGAUGACCCACUGAAUGCCUUUGGAGGCCAGUAG